AUGAAGAAUCUAUCAAACAUCACGCUCAACAACAAGUACCAGUUCCAGAACAGAGUCGGUUCUGGCUCGUACGGUGUCGUUUACUCCGCACGCCAUCUCUACACGGGCAAGACCUAUGCCAUCAAGAUUAUCCUCAAGAACCAGACCGGUCACGGCAACAAGCAAGCGUUGGCCGAGAUGGAGGCCGACCUUCUGGACACCGCGCUUUUGAACCACAACAAUCUCGUCGCACAUCUGCUCAACCUCGACCUAAUUGAACGCAACGGAGCAAGCUCCAAAAUCCUCAAGGAGAUUAGUCUACAACUCAAGGUGCACAAACACCCCAAUAUCCUCUCGCUUUACAAAGUCUACGACCUCAAGUCCGCAAUCAUGGUGGUGAUGGACUACUACCCGGACGGGGACUUGUUUAAUACAAUCGUGGAGCAGCAGCGCUACAAGAACGACCCGUUCCUCAUCAAGAAGGUGUUUCUCCAACUGAUCGAUGCAAUCACCUACUGUCACUCGAAAAACGUCUACCAUUGCGAUAUCAAGCCGGAAAACAUCCUUGUCACUGAAAAUGGAACCAAAAUGAUCCUUGCCGACUUUGGCCUCGCGUUGCAGGACCAGCAGAUGGAGUCCAACAUCUGCUGCGGGUCCAGCUACUACAUGUCGCCCGAACGGAUCCAGAACUUCUGUCAGGGCUUCAACCAGACAGAGUCGCACUGCAUGCACCUCGAACGGAUCCUCAAGCCAGACGACGGCCAGGUGCACCAGAACGUCAAACUGCCAACUAGCGCAGGAGACGUGUGGUCGCUGGCCAUCAUCCUAAUUAAUCUCAUCUCGAUCCGGAACCCGUGGCUCAAGGCGUCGCUGCAGGACCCAACUUUCAAGGCGUUUAUCAAGGACCCUGCAGUGUUGCUACGCAUAUUGCCGAUAUCUCACGAGGUGUACCAUAUUCUCUGCAAAUACCUCACCGUCAACCCGUGGGAGCGCGGGAACCUGUUCGAUCUGCGCCAGGAGGUGCUCGACUGUCGGAAACUCGCCGAACACGGCCCGCUGUCCGUGGACUCGCGCAUCAGCCCGGCAGACUACCAUCUGUACGCGUGUCAGGUGCCUGUUGAUCACGUGCACCUCGACAAGGUGCGCAGCAGAGAGCACUCGGGAAUGGAGAAUCUGGAGCCGCAAAGAGAGUAUAUUCUGGAGGCGUCGUUUCCCGGGCCGCACGAGCACGAGCGAUCCUCGAAGCUUGGUAUGCUAGACCGUCUGUUGCACAAGAACAACGAGCUGCAGCUCGACACCGCCCUGAUUGGCAACAAGGGUCAACCUGGCGAGGAGGAGAUCCGCAUCAUGAUCCACGAGAUGGGCUCGAACUUCUCCGUUCGCACGGAGGCCAGUGUAUCUGGGAUGAUGGCCUCCAGCGAAUGUUCGCUUAUGAGUUACGAUUACUAG